CACAAAACACUGACACGUGCACACACACACACACACACACACACACACACACACACUGGGGUACCCUCAGGGUCCACCUGCUUCUAGGAGGCAAAGUACUCUAGGGUCCUGGCGGGGGGCAUGGGGGCACCCCCACGCAAGGCUAAGCGACCCUGGGCCCUGCUGCAGAAGCGUCUGAGCUCCUGGUUCAUCAGAGAAGGGAGCUGGCAGCGGCGUCUGGAUGAGGCCCAUAUGCAGCAGCAGAAGAGGAUCCGAGAGUCGCCACUGCUCCAGGCGGCCAAAGCGAACGACCUGUGUGCCCUGAAGAAACUCCGGCUGGACAGAGCCUGCGACUUUGCACAGAGAGGAGCCCUGGGGGAGACGGCGCUGCACGUGGCUGCGCUCUACGACAACCUGGAGGCGGCUCUGCUGCUGAUGGAGGCGGCCCCGGAGCUGGUCCGGGAGCCCAUGAUCUCCGAGCUGUACGAGGGCCAGACCGCGCUGCACAUAGCCAUCGUGAACCAGAACGUGAACCUGGUCCGAGCUCUGCUCGCCCAUGGGGCCAGCGUCUCAGCCCGAGCCACUGGGACCGCCUUCUGCCGCAGCCCCCGCAACCUCAUCUACUUUGGGGAGCACCCGCUGUCCUUUGCCGCCUGCGUGGGCAGUGAGGAGAUCGUGCGGCUGCUCAUUGAGAACGGAGCCGACCUGCGCGCCCAGGAUGCCCUGGGGAACACCGUGCUGCACAUCCUCACCCUGCAGCCCAACAAGACCUUCGCCUGCCAGAUGUACAACCUGCUGCUGUCCCAUGAUGGGCGUGGGGGCGACCCCCUGCAGUCCCUGGACCUCGUGCCUAACCACCAGGGUCUCACCCCCUUCAAGCUGGCUGGGGUGGAGGGCAACACAGUGAUGUUCCAGCACCUGAUGCAGCGCCGGAAGCACAUCCAGUGGACGUACGGACCGCUGACCUCCACCCUCUACGACCUCACCGAGAUCGACUCCUGCGGGGAGGAGCUGUCCUUUCUCGAGCUCGUGGUCUCCUCCAAGAAGCGGGAGGCACGUCAGAUCCUGGACCAGACGCCUGUGAAGGAGCUGGUCAGCCUCAAGUGGAAGCAGUACGGGCGGCCGUACUUCUGUGUGCUGAGCACCAUCUACCUGCUCUACAUCAUCUGCUUCACCAUGUGCUGCGUCUACCGGCCGCUCAAGUCCCGUGGGUACAACCGCACUCACUCUCGGGACAUCACCAUCCUCCAACAGAAGCCCCUGCAGGAGGCCUAUGCAACCUACCAGGAUAGCGUCCGGUUGGUGGGGGAGCUGGUGACAGUCCUGGGCGCUGUGAUCAUCCUUCUCAUUGAGAUACCAGACAUCCUCAGAGUCGGGGCCACUCGGUAUUUUGGACAGACCAUCCUCGGGGGUCCAUUCCAUGUUAUCAUCGUCACCUACGCCUGCCUGGUGCUGGUCAUCAUGGUCAUGAGGCUCACCAACACCAACGGGGAGGAGGUGCCCAUGUCCUUAGCCCUGGUGCUGGGCUGGUGCAGCGUCAUGUACUUUGCCCGAGGGUUCCAGAUGCUGGGCCCCUUCACCAUCAUGAUCCAGAAGAUGAUCUUUGGAGAUCUGAUGCGAUUCUGCUGGCUCAUGGCCGUGGUCAUCCUUGGCUUCGCCUCAGCCUUUUACGUCAUCUUCCAGACAGAGGACCCCACCAAUCUGGGCCAUUUCUACGACUACCCCAUGGCUCUGUUCAGCACCUUUGAGCUCUUCCUCACCGUCAUCGAUGGCCCUGCCAACUACGACGUGGACCUGCCCUUCAUGUUCAGCGUGGUCUACUGUGCCUACGCCAUCAUCGCCACACUGCUCAUGCUCAACCUCUUCAUCGCCAUGAUGGGCGACACCCACUGGCGGGUGGCCCAUGAGCGGGAUGAGCUCUGGAGGGCCCAGGUGGUGGCCACCACAGUGAUGCUGGAACGGAAACUACCUCGCUGCCUGUGGCCUCACUCGGGCAUCUGUGGGCGCGAGUUUGGGCUGGGGGACCGCUGGUACUUGCGGGUGGAGACCCACCACGACCAGAACCCUCUGCGUGUGCUUCGCUAUGUGGAAGCCUUCAAGGCUCCCGACAAAGACGAGGAGCAGCUUCCUGGAGAACUGCCCUCUGCGGCCGCGAGCGGAGCCCUAGCCAGAGCAUCCCAGUCGCUGUCCAGGACUACUUCUGGCAGCAGCAGCAGCCACCGCGGCUGGGAGAUCCUCCGCCAGAACACCCUGGGGCAUGUGAACCUGGGGCUGGACCUGGAUGAGCGGGACAAUGACAGGGACGGGGAGGAGAACGUCUACCACAUAUGACGAGGACCUCGUUGCUCCUGGCCUGAGCCCAGAUGCUGUGCUAUCCAAACAUAUGCAUGUGUACGUGAAGGAACUUCAUGAAGCUCAUGGGAAAUGGAGUCAAAAGAGAAGAGGAUUUUUUCCAUUCACGUUUUGAAGCCCCCUCAAAUUUGUCUUAAAGACACAUACGGUGGCCAGAAGGAGCUUGACCCAAGCCACGGUCUUUUCCCUCCUCCCAUCGGCAUGUGAACAAGGCUGAACUGUAGACAAAGGGGAAUAGAAGAAGAAUGGAUGUAUUCAAAUGGUGGCAUUGGUGAAUGUACCACGGACUGCCAAAAGAACAAACAAAUUGUCCUGUGGCAGGACAGCCAGCGUGCUUUUUAGAAGAGAGAAUGGUAAGACUUUGGCCUACACCCUUUCAACAUGUUAUCAGGAAAGAUCAAUCUUUGGAAAAGGGCGUCGUGUUUGGUGAAGCAAAGGGCCGAGGGAGCCCUCAGUGGGAAGGGCGAACACCACACAGUAGCCGGAACAAUGGACAAGCACACACCACCAAUCAGGAAGAUGACGUCAGACCAGGAGGGGCUUCAUUCUGUUUGUAGGGAAGGUCGCCCUGGAUCUAGAGCCAAUGCAGAGGCAGUGGCCCACAGCGUCUAAAGAAAAGGAACCCUUGCUUUUGUCCCGCACUUAACAGUGUGUGUUGAAGGCGGUUCUGCAUCAAUGGAACAUUAGAAAUCAUGGCCAUCCAUCACGUGUCCCUGCCUCUGCAACCCUACUGCCAGGCUUCCAGGCACAUCCCCCCAUCCCGCCCCUGCUCUGCAGGGCUGGGCCCAGAGCAUGCUCCGUGCAGGCAGCCUUGCCCCUCUCUGGGCUGUCACUCACUCUGCAGCCCAGAAGCUCUUUGAAAAUGCAGCUCCCGCCACAGCCUGCUGCCUGGUGGAAGGAAGAGCCUCCGCGAGCUGACUCCUGGCCCUCUCCGGGCUCCUCUCCUGCUCCUGUCCCUUGGCCUCCAGCUCAGCAAGCGGAAUGGGGAAUGGCGUUGGCUCCUGGAGAGCCUCCUGUCUGCGCCC